AUGGACAUCGACCCCGGUGAGAGUCAGCGGUCGUCGUCGGCUUCGCUACAGCAGACGACCAACCGCACGCACCUGCGAAGCAUUCCACGCCUUCUGUCGCAGCCAGCAGCAGAAGCGGCGACGGCGGCGUAUGCCGUGGCCUCCGAUACCACCGUGGCAGGUGCAUCGCUGAGCAGCGAGGUCCAGCACAGUUACCAGCUGCGGUCGCGCAUUCAGCGGCCUCCGAACGCCUUUAUGCUGGUCGCUCAUGAAAAGAUGCGAUCGGUGGCCGCUGAGAAACCGAACGAGGACAACCAGCGUGUGAGCAGCCACCUGGGUAUGCUGUGGCGUUCUCUCAGCGCCGCCGACAAAGAGCCUUACCAGCACAAGCCGUCCGCAGCUGCCGCCGUCCCCCGAAGGAAGCAACCGGGCUACGCGAACAAUCCACGUGAGGCCCAGCGGUGCAAGAGGCAGGAGCGCAUGACUAAGGCGAUUUCCAGGAAGCUCAACGAUGGCAUUUGCCGGGACCAGGAACAGCAGCCGAGCAUUUCCGUGGCCGUGGCCGAGUAUCGAGGCACCCCAGAUUUCCAGCAGCAACAGCAUCCGCCGCCGCCGCCGAAAAGGAACGAACACUGUGCAACCAGCGCUGCCUGGGACAGCGAUUCGGGUGCUGGUCAGGGAAUGCUGCUCCCGAGGCCGCCGGCCACUGUCGCGGCAACGGCGUCAGCUACAACGUGCACAACGUGCACCGGUUCCUCGGUCCUCUGUCGCCAUCAGUGCGAGGGACCAGCCGAGAAACCGCUGUGCCCACAGCUCACAAUGCGCGGCGGUGACAUGAAAGCCACUGAGUUGAGGACAACGAAAGUGCUCAUCAACAGGCCCGAGCGCUCUACUCCCGGGCCACCGAGGAGGAGGCAAGGGGAUGGCAACCCAUCUCCAGCUUUCGAUCCCGGCGUGAAAGGUGCAUCGCUGAGCAGUGAGGUGCAGCACAGUUACGAGCUGCGGCCGCGCAUUCCGCGACCUCCAAACGCCUUUAUGCUGGUCGCUCAUGAAAAGAGGUGGUCGGUGGCCGCUGAGAAACCGAACGAGAACAACCAGCGUGUGAGCAGCCGCCUCGGCAAGCUGUGGCGUUCUCUCAGCGCCGGCGACAAAGAGCCUUACCAGUGCAAGGCGGCCGAAUUUGCCGCCGUCCGCCGAAGGAAGCACCCAGACUACGUGUAG